GAUGCCCACUUGUAGUCGGGACGCUCGAGAAUGGAGGUCAUCCCAACGGCAUAAAAGAACUAAAACACAAACCAUGGGACAGACGCAGCAAACGGAGAACACAGAAGAAAUCGAUGUCAAAGCGCUUCAGGAUAUGUAUAAAAAAUUUGUCACAGAAUGCCCGAGUGGACUACUUUUUCUGCAUGAAUUCAAGCGUUUCUUUGGCGUGGAUCCAACGGGUGAGGCUUCGGAUUAUGCGGAGAACAUGUUUCGAGCUUUUGACACAAACGGGGAUAACACAAUAGAUUUCCUCGAGUUUGUAGCAGCCUUGAAUCUGGUUUUUCGGGGAGACAUGGAGCAUAAACUGCGCUGGUCGUUCAAGGUGUAUGACAAAGACAACAACGGUUUUGUUGACAAGGAGGAGCUCCGGUCAAUAAUCCACAGCAUUUAUCGUGUCAAGAAAGGCACAAAAGCGGACACCAACGAGUGCCAUUUCACAGUCGACGACGCUGUGGACCGAAUACUGCAGGCUGUUGACAGUGAUGGGGAUGGUCGUAUUACGAUGGAAGAGUUUAUCAGAGGAGCGCAGCAGGAUCCCUGGGUGCUCAAUAUGCUGAAGUUGGACAUAAAUCCUGCACUCUGGGUUCUCGAGCAGAGGAGAAAGAGCGCACACUUCUGAAAAUGGCAAAAAUACACACGU